AUGGCGUCUAAACUGAUCACAGAUGUAUUUCCUAUAACCAAAAAGGAAAGGCCGGUAAACAAAACACAGCCGCAAACGAAGCUUUCGGAUCCAAUCCAGAAAGGUUUGUCUCUCUUCUUGCUCUCUUUAUUUCCUGUUAUAUUUUGAGAUAAGGUCUUGACUUCUGCUUCCUGUAGAUGCUGAAACUGCAGUUGCUAAAGAUGUAACUUCAGACCUCGCGAAAGAGCUUUUGAUGCUGAAAGAGUUUGACUUAGAUUCCGAAUUUGGGCCAUGUAUUGGUAUGUUGAAAUUUUUGUGUUAUCUUCAAAAAUUUAAAUCACUUCUCAGCGGGGCUGGUUAUUUUAAUUUAUCGGACUGGCCAUUUUCUUUUUAGCUUGAUUUUGGCUGAGAUAUUGCCUCUCCUCAGUUGAGCUUCGUGUCUAAUCUGUUUCUGAGCCGUUGCCUUUCUUUUUUACCCUUGAAUUUCAAUGUUUCCCGUGGAAAGUGAGGUGACACAAAGUUCACUCAGCCUAACGAUUAAGACAACCGAUUUUCAUACUGAUAGAACAUUUGUUGUGUUUGUAUUGGCUGAAAUCACUCGUGAUUUAAUGUUAUUUGUAGCUUAUCUUCGCGUACGGGCUUUCCUGUUUACUUUUAGGAAUAACCAGACUACAAAGAUGGGAACGAGCUAAAGAAUAUGGACUUUUCCCUCCUGAGGAAGUGAAGGAAAUAAUUCUAAGACACCCCAAUGACAUAGCAUUCACAGAGUGGUAAAUACAGUUUGCUUGUUCUGCUCUAGACAGUGUAACCUUUAUACUUAGCGGUGCUAUAUGUGGGCUCUGAGUUAUCAGUCAACGCUAGUUAACCAAAUAUAUCUUUACUUUCUUUCAGUGUAUGGUUUGAUGCCAAUCUUUGAAACGAAACAAAGUGUUUGAACCAUAUGUACACAACAUGUUGUACUGUACAACAAAACAUUCUUUUAUCUUCAAGAAUUAUUCAAGGAAAAAAAACUUUCACGAGUUCCCAGUAAGGUCUACAUCUGUAUAUAUACUUGCAUGAAAUGUCCCUGUUUAAGUAGAUAAGAGAAUAAUAGCCUAGUGUUGUCUGCUGUAAAUAUGAAUUUUGUUCCAGAAAAUUGCACCAUCUUAUGUAUAGUUUGCAGUCCUUGUGUGUGUAAGCUACUGACAGUAGAAUGCUUGUUCAUUAAUGUUAGUUCACAAACUCAACUUAUUAUUCUGCAUUUAAGUUGGAUUUAAAACUAAAUAUGAUGUUAAAAAAGGUGCAGGUGUUAAGGUAUGGAAUAUCUGCCUGUAGAAUUAUUUACACCAAACUAGUACAAGUAAGGUCGUUCUUGUCAUUAGGUUUUAUGUUUUUUUAUCAGGUGGCCACUAAUCUAUUAUUAGGAAUAAAUAGCUUAUGUAUGUAGGAGAGACCAGUAGAACCUCAGGAA